GUCUUCACAUAGAAUUAUCCUCUGAAAGUCCUAAUGCUUUAAUAUUUGGGCCAAAUCAGCUUAUACGCGAAAAUGAAAUUUUCUAUCAAUGGGCAAGUUAUCUUACAGAAAUCAAGCAUGAAGGCAGACAGGCAGGUAUAGUUGCCAAGCAUAUGCUAGUAUCACUCUGGGGUGAUUAUAUUCAGAUGGACGAAGACCAGCGUGUCCAUACAGAUGGGUUUAUUCUUUCAGGUAAAAUUAGCGAUCAGGUGAUUGGAAAACAAGCAGAAGAGUUAAAAAUAGUUAAUGCAGAGUGGACUAAUUUUGAAGAAAUAAUCCCAACCACAUCUACGAAGUUGAAAGAAUCAACCAUCUGUUAUGUAACUGCAAUGCCAAAUGAAAUAUUUGAAAAAAUUUUUCAAUACCACAGCAUGAAUGGGGAAAAAAUAA